ACUCUCUCUGUGAUGCUGGUGUGCACUGAGCAAGUUCAUAUGUGUGCCAUUGCAGAGCUCACCUCUCCUGCUGGCUCAUUUAGCUGACUAAACACAUUGAGUCUCUGCUGUGUUAGCCAGCAUUUACAGCUGCAGAGGAAAUGAUUCUCAAAUUGCCAGUCGGUGAUGCUUUAGCUCGGAUCUGCUUGUGUGACGUCCACUGUGGAUUUGCCUUGCACACUGAAGACUGAGGACUAGGAUUGGACAGGGGCUGUCUCUGCAGCGCAUCAAAUAUUAAGAGGUUUUAAUCACCAUCUACUGGCUCGGUCGCGCUGCCAACAGCUGCACCUCCUACAACGGGCCCACGCUGGACCUAAAAGAGUUUGAGGGCUUGCUGUCACAAAUGCGAAAGGAGGCAGAGGCGGCAGAAAGUCCUCAACGCAGCAUUCGGGACAGUGGCUACAUCGACUGCUGGGACUCUGAACGCAGUGACUCGCUCUCCCCGCCACGCCACGGACGCGAAGAUUCAUUCGACAGCCUGGACUCCUUCGGCUCGCGCUCGCAACAGACUCCGUCGCCGGAUGUCCUGGUCCCACGCGGCAGCAGUGAUGGCCGCGGCAGUGACUCAGAGUCCGACGGCACCCCUAACAGGAAGAUGCCGGACCUCCACAAGGACGACAUGUUGGCGCGGCGGACAUCAGUCACUGAGCUGCGCACCGCCAUGCCUUUCAACCAGUACCUCCCCAACAGGAGCAACCAGAGUGGAUACGUGCCGGCACCACUUCGCAAGAAGAAGAACGAAAAGGAGGAGGGAGGUCACAAGAGCUGGAGUACCGCUACAUCACCUGUAGGGGGAGGCAGGCCCUGCAGUACAAAUGGAGUCCCUGUUUUAGUACUCCCACUUGGAGAGUCCCUCAGCCCUUCUCCCUCCCCAAUCAUCGAGUCACAGAUUCAGAAGAGCGAGAGUAAAGAUGAAGAUGAAGAGGAGGAGAAGGAGGAAAAGCUGAAGGUCUUCUCACCUUGCUUUAAUAUCUAUGUUGUGGGAAUAAGGAGGAGCAGCGAGCCUCCCAGAGACACCAUCACUCAGCUGAAGGUCAACUCUGAGCAAAGGAGUUUGAGUAUGAUCGACAUGCGUGGUGAAAACGAGGCCAUCCUGCAGCCACACAGUCACAUUCGUCAUGAACUGAUGCACAACCAGUACAACAGAAUAAAAGAAGAUGAGAAUCACUGGCAGGAAGACCUGGCCCGAUGGAAAAGUAGGAGGAGGAGUGUCUCUCAGGAUCUGAUCAAAAAGGAGGAGGAGAGGAAAAUGAUGGAGCAACUGAUGUCAGGAGACAGCUGCAUCUCUCAAAGAAGAAAAAGCAUCAAAACCUACAGAGAAAUUGUGGAGGACAAGGAGCGGCGUGAGGAGGAGCUGCGGGAGGCGUACCGGAGAGCCAGAACUCCAGAGGAGGCGUCGGCCAUCCUCCAGCGCUACGCCCAGCGUUUCUCCAUCAGCGAGGCCAUCCUGGAGCGCCUGCAGCUGCCCAAGCUUCUGGACCGCAGCGUGUCGGCCGACCCCUCCUUUCCCACCUCGCCCUUCUCCCUCUCGCUCUCUUCCUCCCCCACGACUCCGGACCCUUUCGACGAGCCGUCCGAAGGGCCACUGAGGUACCUGCGGCAGCAAUCUGCGCCGGCGCCACGGUUUACGUCCACGCUGGAGGCGCAGAUUGAAGAGUUUCCCAAAGACUCGAGCUCACACCAGCGGCCUCAGAUCCGCUCCCGCUCUUCUGAACCACCGUCCACCCGGGCCCUGUCACCCAAACCGGUGCCUUUGCUGACACCAAAGCCUUAUUUCCAGCCCCGACUGUCGGCUGAUGAAAAAUGGAAUAGCAAGGCGGACAGUUUGCUACGAGUAAACGGCGACAUCAGAAACGAUCCCAGUUCCAUGAAGUCGGAGAGCAAAGAAAGGGACUCCCCUCCUCUGUUCCAGGCGUCUCCAGAUGCCCCCCCAUCAGACGCCUCACCCGCUCGCAGUCCACCCGCCUCCCCCGAAAGAGGAAGUCCAGUGUCAACAAAAACCAGCGGCAGACAGAGCAACAUGGAGGCAGCCUCAGUCUCUGAGGGUUCACCCACUCCCACUCGGCCCACUUCUCUUCCGGAGGAGCUAAAGCAGCCAGAGGACAGCUUUGUGGAGACAGGAGGCCAGAAAGCUGCUGCUCAACAGGAAGAAAAGUCAACUACUGCAGCUCACAAAGCGCCACCUGCAGAAGCUAAAUCGGAGAAGACUGAACAGUUCACAGGGAACGUACUGCAGAUUCUCCCAACUGAGCUAAACACACCAAACGACCCGACAUCAACGGAGUCUUUUCAGGGAGUGGAGACGGCACCGAUUCCGGCUGCACCCGGAUCGCUCGGACAUAACCCUCUGAGGGAAACGUCAUCAGAGUUUGAAAUCAGUGUCAGGUCCCCGCAGUCCUCCAGCAACCCUAAGUCACGCUGGGAGUUCUUCGCCCCGCCAGAAGCUGCAGAGAAAGAUCGACAUGAAAAUGUGUCAGUCCCGGUGUUGGCCAAGGCCAGGCGGGGAGACCGCUGGUCUUGGGACCCGGAUGAGGAGCGAAAGCGUCAGGAAAGGUGGCAGCAAGAGCAGGAGCGCAUGCUGCAGGAGAAGUACCAGCGUGAGCAGGAGAAACUGAAGGAGGAGUGGGAAAAAGCACAGAGGGAGGUGGCAGAGGAGGAGAGGAAGUAUCAUGAGGAGGAGCGUCGGAUACUGGAGGAGACUGUGAUGCCUCUGACGCCCCGCUCCUCAGCCCUGCCCUCCCCCAGCCGAGGGGGGCUCUCCUCCACCUCCGAGCCACAGGACACGAUUGUGCGUUCGCUGGCAGAUUGGGAACGAAAACAGGAGCUACUGGAGAGGCAGUCUAGAGGAAGCACAGAGAGUGCAGAGUGGAAAAGGAAAGAAAAUGACAGAACCAGUGACAUCAGCACUGCUGACGACAGCAUGAAGACCGGCAGAAGCUUGGUGAGCCAGAACAGCAGUCAGACAGAGAGACUUGCUCACAGUGUUCACAACGGCCAAAAGCUUCCUCCUACAUCCCCCAAAUGUUCAACUCCACCCAAGAAGCAAACAGGACCUGACAGCACCAGAACCAGCCGGCCUGCAGGAGAACGAAGGUGCAGCCCCACUGAUAAUAAUGUAAGAAGCUCAUCAAAGCCCCUGGCAGCAUGUUCAUCAGCACCAGACACAUUUCCCCCACCGCCCAACAGGUCUGUCAGUGGGAAGAAGCUGUGCUCCAGCUGUAGUCAGCCUCUGGGGAAGGGAGCAGCCAUGAUCAUAGAGACUCUCAGCCUCUACUUCCACAUCCACUGCUUUAAGUGUGGGGUGUGUAAAGGACAGCUAGGUGACACAACCACGGGGACAGACGUCCGGAUCAGAAACGGACUCCUCAACUGCAACCAAUGUUACAUUCGUUCCCGCUCGGCCGGACAGCCGACCACGUUGUGACGCUCGAGUGAAAAGCACAAGGUUUACAGAAGAAAGCCUCAUUCUCAUUUUAACCUGAUUAUCCUCCAAUCACGUCCUGCGCGGCCUGUUGGGAUGUAUGCUUCCUCUGCAGCUCUGUGACCACCGAAGAUGCAUCAUAUGGGCCAAAUAGACAUCUGGCAACUGUUGAAUGUUUAAAACAAGAACAUAUAUUCUCUGUGUUCAUGUCAUCUGGUACAUGAGUGAAUUCUGGAUUCAAUUUAUCCUCGUCUUUCCGUAAAACAUGCUUCAUCAUGCAGCGAGUUUGUUUUAAGGCGGCAGCCAUAUUGGAAAGAACCCACAUUGAACACACUGAGAAAAAUCUGACCGCUUUUCAUACUGGAAAAAAAUCACAAAAAUAUGAUGCAAUCUGUUUCAGAUUAAAGAUUGAUGUUGUUCCAAAGGAUAAGAAUCUAAGUCGGAGGGCAGAAAAUGAGAUCAGGUUCAUUCUGUAUCCUUCUCAAGGUAUAAACACUAUUUUUCCCUUCAGGUAAAUAAUAUUUGAAUUUACAUGGUAAAUUACAAAAGUACAAUGAAGCUAUGAACAAACGUUUAGAAACACAAAAUAUACAAAAGUAAAUAUUUUUUCACCCUUGACUGUCAUAUAAAAGCUGUUGUUUCCGUAAAGAAUGUGAUUAAGUUCUAAUAUAAAGCUAUAGAGCAAUUUGGGCUCAUUUUAAAGGCAAUAGUGCGUGUUGUGAGGUAUUUGGUUGCAGCAGAUUGUUCCUUAUGCAGUCUGUCUGGUUGUAAAGCCAACAGUUUAAUGUGCCUUAGGAACGGGAAAUGAUGCAGGAAGCAAAGCACCAGAUGUAUGGUGUCUUAUUUCUGCACUAUUUUCAUUUCGUGACAAGUGAUUUGGUCAAAUUUAAAGUGGGAAAGUGCAGAAAAGCAAACUCCAUCCCUCCGUUAGCCGCUUAAUCACUGCUGUUUAUUUUCAUACAAACAUAUUCAAUUUCAUCAUCUCCCUCUGAUUGCCCUUUAAGCUGUAAUGGCGAAUGACAAAGGAAAAAACCUUUGUUACACAAUAUGCUGUGUGUUCUCCGUACUGCAGGGCAAAUAUGGGUUUCAUUUUGAAUGUUUGUGAUAUUUGAUGUGUAAGAAUCAGGCUUAUUUUGGUCAUUUCUCAGCUGUAUAGUUCAUUUUUGCGCCUGAAAAAGCAUAAACAUCUGUUGUAUCUGAAACAUCCAUCAUCAGCAGAGGUAAUAUGAAGACAUACCAGCAGCAGCUGCACCUGUGCAAUGUUUGGUUGGUUUAAAACUAAAGACCUGUCCUGCCAGCUGCACAUUUAGGACUCUUGCUAAGAGCUUGGUUAUAUGUUGUGGGUGUGUUGAAAAAAAUGCAUGUUUAAGCGUAAAACCAAAUGAUUUGCUGUAUGAAAGUAAAACAGCCUAAACUUCCUUGUGCUGAACAGGCUUCACCUCCGGGGUCAUCUCUCACUUUUUCUGAUCUGCAGUAUUUUAGGAUUAUUUUCCAACUGUUGUAUUUUUAUUUUUUAAUCCUCAUUUAGCUGAUGAGUAAAUCAAAGACGAGUCUUUUAUAGCAGGAUCUCUGAGUCGGAGCUCCUCUCCCAGAGGGUUUUAACAGAACAGUAGGGGAAUGGAAACCUUUUUGCAUCUGUACUGUAUUUAUUAUCUAAUAUUCACCUUGAACACUAUUCGGAAUAUAGUUUCAUUUGAUGUUUAAAUGCAAUGGCAUUUAUUAUUUCAUUACUGUAUGUUUAUAAAUAAAUAUUAUAAAUCAAAUAUA